AUGGACCAGCCUACGUCUUCCCCCACGCAUGCAACCACCGGGGCUCCACAAGCCGGAACCGUCCAGCACUACGCCCUUCGUCUCCCUGCCUUCUGGCCUAAGAACGCAUCGGUUGUGUUCCUCCAAGUGGAGUGCCAGGUUUCCCUGGCAGGCAUCACCAGCCGGCUGACCCAGUUCCGCCACGUCGUCAGCGUUCUGCCUCACGACAUCGCCUCCCAGAUUAUCGACGUGCUUUCCGCUCCGCCGCCGAGCAACCCGUACGAUACUGUCAAGAAGGCCAUUCUUGACCGUACAACCGCGUCGGAGCGCCAAAGACUGCAGCAGCUGCUAACUGCAGAAGAGUUGGGAGACAGGAGCCCUAGCCAGCUGCUGCGUGACAUGCAGAAUCUUCUUGGCGAGCGAGCCUCUACGUUCGACCCUGCUCUCCUUAAGAAAUUAUUCCUUCAACGGUUACCCUCCAGCGUGCAAAUGAUCCUCGCCACGGCUGCCACUCUACCACUCCAAGAUUUAGCAGCGCACGCAGACAAAAUUAUGGAGGUAUCGUCACCUACUCCCGUCGUUUCCGCGAUUCCUACCGUGACCCCGUCUCCUGCCCUUCCCGUCUGCACCGCCCCUCUUCCGCAGAUGCCUGCUCCCAACACUCUUGGGCAAAUGCUUAAAGGCUUUGAGCGUCUGUCCACCAUGGUGGCGUCAGCACUCGCCCCUCGAAAUCCCCGACCCCGACGUCGUUCACCCAGCCUACGGCGCUCCCCUCAGCGUUCUCGCGAGGCACAUCCAGGAGACCGUACAGGUUAUUGUCGCUACCACAGGCGGUAUGGCGUUCAAGCGCAGCACUGUAUACUCCCGUGCAGCUGGCAGGGAAACAUUCCCGGAGGCCGGUAA